AUUGGACAAUGGGCAACGACCAGUGACUUCCAGGUCUUGGAAUGAGGAAAGCUAAUCCCAGGUUCCCAUUUUCAAACGUCGAUCCUUCUCAGCUCCUUCCGGGCUUCCAUAUGUAACAUAAUGAUUUUAAUCACAGACGCACUACUGUCACUGAACUACGAUCUUUUCUUAGGAGCUGUUGGGUUGCUGAAAAGACUCAGGAGAAACGAAGAUGGUAUUUAUAAACAAAACUUCAAUUUUUUCUUAGUUGUCUUCUUGACAUUUAAAGAGGGUAUAGAUUUCAUUGUGUAUUUAGUCUUCCUCUUCCAGCAGACGGAAGACUGGGCCUAAGAGCUCCAACUACUCCCCAUGUAAUUGGCCUUCCUUUUCAGGCCAAUUACAUGCCUUCAAGUCUUCAACUUCACACUUCGAAAAAGUUUUAAGGACUCAAGUUUUAUUCGGGCAAGUAAAUGAAAGAUCAGGAAACUUAUGGAGGGACUGAGAGACAGUAUUUUGUUUCUGGGUAUUUGCUGCACUUUGAUAUCUUCAUUUUUAGAAGUUUCAGAUGCAGGGGACACCUUAACUGUAACACAGUCCUUGAAAGAAAACGAAACAUUAGUUUCAUCUGAUCAAAAGUUUGAACUAGGCUUCUUCAGGCUUGGAAGUUCCAGUGAUCGAUAUCUAGGGAUACGGUACAAGAAUAUCCCAGAUAAGGCAGUAGUUUGGGUUGCAAACAGAGACCAUCCUCUUCAGAAUUCUGAAGCUUUCUUAACAUUAAGUAGUGAUGGAAAGCUUCUUCUCAAUGAAACUGGAAGCGUCGUGUGGUCUUCAAAUACGACAAGAGCAGCAAGAACUCCAAGUGCACAGCUUUUAGACUCGGGAAAUUUUAUUGUGAAAGAUUUGGGGGAUGAAUAUGAUCAUGACAACUCUGAGAACUACUUAUGGCAGAGCUUUGAUUAUCCAUCUGAUACUUUGUUGCCUGGCAUGAAGCUUGGGUGGAACUUGAAAACUGGUUUGAAUCGACAUUUGAGAUCAUGGAAAAGCUCAGAUGAUCCCUCUCCUGGAGACUACACCUAUAGUGUUGAUCCCCGUGGGCUUCCUCAACUUGUUCUUCGAAAAGGAUCAACUAAGCUGUUUAGAAGUGGUUCUUGGUAUGGGGAACAAUUUAGUGGUGAUCCAGUUCUGGCAGCAAACACUGUUUUCAGACCCAUGUUUGUCUCUAAUGCUGAUGAAGUAUAUUAUAUAUAUGAAACCAUGGACAACAUUACCUCAAGGUUUGUGUUGGGUCGAUCCGGCUCAGUUCAGCAUUUCUCAUGGAAUGAUGGGCAUCCUAGUUGGAACCUGUUGUUCACUGUUCAAGGAGACCGCUGUGACAACUAUGGCCUGUGUGGUAGUUAUGGAAGUUGCAAUGUUACAGAUAUUGCAAAUUGUGAGUGCUUGAGUGGUUUUAGACCCAGAUCACCCCAGGAGUGGAAAAUGCUUGAUUGGUCAGGUGGAUGUGUUCCAGAUGAUCCACAUAUUUGCAAAAACAGAGAGGGGUUUAUUAAGUUAACAGGAUUAAAACUGCCGGAUGCAUCACAACUUUCUGUAAACGUCAGUAUGAGUAUCAAAGAUUGUGAGGUGGAAUGCUUGAAGAACUGCUCUUGUGUGGCUUAUGCUAAACUGGAAAUCAGUGGCACUAGCAAUGGCUGUGUGACCUGGUUUGGAGAAUUGAUUGAUACAAGAGAGGUUGCUAACUAUGGGCAAGAUCUCUAUGUAAGAGUGGCAGCUUCAGAAUUAGGGUCAAAUGCUGAUAGGAGUAAGGAGAAGAGGAGUAUGGUAGUUGCUGUGGCUGUACCACUGGCUUUGGCAAUAAUCCUCUUGGCUUCAAUUGGUUGGUUCUUUAUUUGGAAGAGAAUAAACGAAGCCAGCAAGCCAAAUAAUCAAGUAAGCAUUAGAGGAGCUCAAAACGAGGAUGAUGACCUGGAGCUCCCGUUACUUGAAAUAGCUAUCAUUGAAGCUGCCACUAACAACUUCUCUGCUACCAAUAAGAUUGGAGAAGGAGGAUUUGGCCCUGUAUACAAGGGUGAGCUACCAUCGGGGCAAGAAAUAGCAGUAAAGAUGCUUGGAGAGAAUUCUGGACAAGGCCUGCAGGAGUUUAAGAAUGAGGUCAUCUUGGUCUCCCAACUUCAACAUCGGAAUCUUGUCAAGCUUCUAGGUUGUUGCAUUCAAGGGGAAGAAAGAAUGUUAAUCUAUGAGUACAUGCAGAACAGAAGUUUAGACUCCUUAAUCUUUGAUGAAGCAAGGAGUUCUUCACUCAAUUGGCAAAAGAGAUUAGACAUUAUUAUUGGGAUAGCUCGAGGACUUCUUUAUCUUCAUAGAGAUUCAAGACUCAGAGUAAUCCAUAGGGAUCUAAAAGCCAGCAAUAUUCUGUUGGACAGUAAGAUGAACGCCAAAAUUUCAGAUUUUGGAAUGGCAAGAAUCUUCGGUGGAGAUCAAACUGAAGCAAAAACCAAAAGAGUAGUUGGAACCUAUGGCUAUAUGUCUCCAGAGUAUGCCAUAGAUGGACAAUAUUCUUUGAAAUCUGACGUCUUUAGCUUCGGUGUCAUACUGUUGGAGAUAGUCAGUGGCAAGAAGAACCGGGGUUUUUCUCAUCCAGGCCACAAACUAAAUCUCAUUGGACAUGCAUGGAAACUUUGGAAUGAAGGAAAGGCCUUGGAAUUAAUGGAUGUGGUGGUGGACAAUCAAUUCCCCGCCUCAGCAGCGCUAAGAUGUAUUCAAGUGGGUCUUUUGUGUGUUCAGCAGCGCCCAGAAGAGAGGCUGACAAUGUCAUCUGUGCUUUUGAUGCUGGAUAGCGAAACUGCAUUGUUACCCCAACCUGGACGACCUGGAUUUUAUGCAGAAAGGUGCCUUCCAGAGACGGACUCGUCAUCAGUGGGAAGAAUGAACUCCGAUUUGAAAGAGAUAUCUGUUAAAUUGUUAGAGGGCCGUUAGUGAUAUGUUUUGUGCUACUACUCUGCCCUAGAAGGUGGAAAUACUUAUUUCUCU